UCUCUCUCUCUCUCUCUGUCUACGACUCUCUAUUGUGUUUUCCUUGACGGUUCUUAAAACCAGAACCUACGGCUCUUAAAAAUCAUAACCUACGGCUCUCUCUUUUGUGUUGUAAGCAUUAUUUUUAGAGGGUUUUUAACUCAUACCACAUAUGAUCUGUUCAUGGAUAUAUAGCAGUGGGGAUUGAAGUGAUCUGCUCUUUGGUUCGCCUGCCCUCCCACCAACGACAUUUGCUACAGCCAGGCGGUGACUCUACAAAUUUGGAUUUGGAUUCAUUGUAGCAAAGGUGGCCGCAGUUGAGGGUACUAACUCAAAAUUGCUACAUGGCCUUUUGAGAUAUCUCACUACUUUUUGGAGCGUCUUCUACACCAACAACAAAGGGGAAAGAAUGGAGAUAAAGGGUUGAAAAAAGAACAAUUUCAAGUAGUCUCAACUGAAUUAUAUGAUAGAUUUCAUAUGACAUAUGACUGGGGACAGUGCCGUAAUCACUACAGGAUAUGGAAAGCAAGGUUGAAGUCGCUUGUUGACUUGCAAAAAAAUAGUGGAGUGGGUUGGAAUGACCAUGAGAAGCGGUUUGAUGUACCACAACACAUGUGGAAUGAAUUCAAGAAAAAAGAGCAAAGAUUUUGGAAAGAGCAUAAAGUGCUUCCUAUUCACCUACAACUUGUUGAAUGGCUGCGUAAUGAAAUUGCCACCAGAGCUGGAUCUUCACACCCAUCCGAUGCAGUCAAUGAGGACCAGCCUUACAAUCCAGUGCCAAUUGAUGAAGAAAUUAGGUUGGACAAUUAUGAUGCUAUUGAUGAUAAUGUUGGUGAAAGUGCCCAUUAUACUCCCAAUGCAAGUAGCAGUCGUUCCCGUGGUAGGCCUAGUUCAGGGGUAACAAGUAAAGAGAAGAAGAAGAAAGGAGGUGCAGAGAAGGUUAGUAGUCCUUUGAAGGUGAUAGCCAAUGCAAUUGUGGAGAUGGCCAAGCAAGACCCUCGGAAGGAAUUUGCAAAAAACUUAUGUAUUGAGAUUGAUGCACUUCCAGGAGUUGAGUUUGAUAAAAAAUUGCGUGCUAAACAAUUCUUCAUGCAACAUAAGGAAUUGGCUCCCAUCUUCUUGAAUGCCAAUGAGGCAGAUAAGCCUAAGGUGUUUGAACACUACAUGAAGAAUAUUGAAGAUGGUGGUCAAGAUUGAGGAGGUGUCGCUUUAUUUAUUUAUGAUUAGUGUGUUGUUUCAAAACAUGAGUAGAUAUUAACUAGACAAUUUAUGACUAACAUUUGAAAUGCUUAUUUUGGUGAUGUAAUAUUGACUCGAUUUUUGAACUCUCUCAUUUAAACUGGUCAGCUGGUGAUUGGUAAGCUUCUGUAAGAAGGUAUUAUGAGUUUUAUUGGAAAGUAACAUAGUUGGAUGUCUGUUUAUCUAGAA